AUGAAGAAAAACCACAGUCCCACUGGAACCCCUUUUUUUUGCCCCAGCUACAUAACCGACGUCAAUGACGAAGCUGUAGAGGUUAGGAAAUUUGCACUAAUACAAAAUAUAAAACCAGGAUUGAUCGAAAUAAUGUUCAUUUAUAGUCUGGAAAAGGCAGUUAGCGAAAAUGACUCAUCACAACUGACCGUCAUCGUCGGAUGUAUCACUGGUCAUAGACAUGAACAUCGAUUUCGUUAGAUCCGGUUUCAACGCAAACGCCUCAUCUUUCAGUCCAGUAAAAUCGUUGUAAUGUGGAUUUUCUAUUCCUUUUUCGAUCGUUGUCUUAGUCAACUCGCCAGCACCGAAGUAGAAAUCUCCUGAUGCAACAUUAUUAGGGGCGAAUUCCGAGCCCUGCUGACCGAUAGUUGGUGAAAGACGCGCUCCUUCUCUCGUUUCAUAUAAACUAGAAUGAUUUCCCGAAAAACGUGUAAGAUGUGUUGGAAGUACGGCUACUGUAUGAGGAGGUUCAGGCACUUUUUUACCGUGCCGUUCCAUCUCGGUCACAUAUUUGUCAUAUUUUUCUCUGAACGCUGUAACAGCUUCUUUAGCAUCCCUAUCGUAAACCUUCUGUAAUCCAGUCUGCUCAAGAAGUGCUCCCACUAAACGCCAAGUUUGAGCGACACUAGACUGUCCCAAAUGCAUAGCCAAAUUGGCGUUGUGAUUGCACAAGGUGCGAAGCGGGUGGCCUCCAGCCAGAUAAUUUUCCGCCAACUUAUAAAAGGCAGACGGUUGCAGAGUGUUCAUGGCAUUAUCCGGUAAACCACAUGAAAGCUGACUACGUACUGGUGUGCGGAAGGGAUCAUACGGUUGUCUCCUCCUGGCCAUGUACUGUUCUUGAUGUUUUAUGAUCGGAAUGUGAGAAUUUGCUGAAAAUGCACUUACUAUCAUGGUCCUUUAAGAAUUACCCAGUAUCUCACCUGCAACUCCAACCAGACCAUCAGGUGCAACGUCUAGGGCCAUAUCACAAGCGUACGAUAACGGAGACUGUUUUUGUUCCAUGCGAUGGAGCACCAACAGACCAUCCUUUCCACAUGAAACAAUUCGUUCUGGAUCUUGAAUGCUCCACCACAUAUCAGUGACACUGUCACUAUGAUCUUCGAAGCUAGCAAACGGUAGGAACGGCCGCCGUAUAUCCCAUAUAUGGACGCUCAUAUCGUUUACAACUUAAUGAACUUGUCUCUGCCACCACCAGAUGCGAUCAAAUGGCGUUCUCUUGGAUUGAGUGCAAUACUUGCCGCAUAG